UCACCAUUACGGCUGUUGGCUCUCACGCGAGGCAGCGCGGCUCAAGGUGACUGUACUGCAGAGCCAUUAAAAGUUCGACCGGGGCUCUCAAGAUGAGGGGCGUUGCUGCACGAUCACUGCCGCUCUCAUCGCCUGCAUUGACUUAUCGCCAACCCUUUGGCGCCGACCUGCUCGCCAUAGCGCGACUGUCGCUUCGCGUCCCCCGCGUCUUGACCACGACCGGAAGUCGGCCCCACAUAUCUGGAGACGUCCCGGGUAAACGGUCGUGAAUUGUGGGUACAACCUUGCAGGGCUGACGAGUACGACUGCCUAUAUUUUCGGAUGCCGAUAUAAGACUGUCGGCGACGGCAUGUCCGGGACCAGUCGCCGCUCUGCUCCGCGUGCACCAUGAAGUCGCCGGCGUUGGUCGUCAUCCUGCUCGCCGGCGGCGUCCUGGUUGCGGCCGCGCCCGGCACGGACAAGAAAUACCCGAGCCCUGAGCAGGACGACGUAGGCGCCGGCCGGACCUUCAGCCUCGUCAGCCUGCCGAGCCUGCUUCCGAGCCUCAUUUCUGGGCCCGCGUUCAACCUGUUCAACAUUAACAAGCCCCCGAUCGUGUUCGGCGACCAGAGUCCACCCGGCGCCGGGGGCUUCUUCGGCCUGCCCCCCUCCGUCUGGGUCGUCAACUCGGCUGGCACCUCCAGCGGGUCUCCGUCGGCCACGGCAGGUUCCUCGUGAGCGAUGUCAAAACAGAAUAGUGAUUGUGUGCCAUCCAA